GCCCAAGCUGGUCUUGAACUCCUGGGCUCAAGCCAUCCACCCAUCUUGGCCUCCCAAAGUGCAGGGAUUACAGGUGUGAGCCACCGUACCCGGCCCCGAAUUUUUAAUAAUGUGAGAGUAAGGAAAUCCGUUGCCAGAGGAGACCAGGAGAAAAAGAAGGUAGACAUCGAUCUUUUGUUUAGGUAAUGACAAAAACAAACAAAUAAACACAAACACGCAAUGGUAGAGGAAGCAAAUCAAACCUUGGUAAGUUCUGUCAGUGAUACUAUAGAAGACCCUACUCAUGUUUUGAAAAGUUGCUAUGCUAAUCUUUAAAAGAUUGCUAGUAAUACAAUGCCACAUAGGAAAUAAAAAGAGUCCAAGAAAAAAAGAUCCAAUAUUUAUAUUCCAGGCCCCUGAAAGUGCACAUUUAAUAAGCACGAUUUACACCAGUUCUCAAGAUGCCAUUGAAAAGAAAGUUAAAUAAAUAUUAAACAUAAGUAGCAAGUAAGUGGUUUGGAAUGAUGAGUAAAGACUCUCAAUGCUUAGAGAGAAAUUGGGAGGCAAUAUAAUGUUUCACUUGGAUGGAACCCUUAUCAAAUGAUGUCCAGUGCUCUCAGGAUCUAAGGACUUCCAGUUCCCUAGCUUUGUAAACUGAAUUUUUGCUUUUCCUAUUGAGCGUUUCCAACCCUUUGAAUGAACCAGCUUUAUUCAUUUAGUCAAUCAGUGAUUCCCAUCGGACUGUUUAAUGCCACCAGUUCUAUGCAGAAAUCAAGGAAUGCCCUCCCAUUAUACUUAUACCCCCAAAGUGGUUAUAAGCACCCCUCGAAGCAGCACGGCAAUGAAUGGAAUUGUCAAUGGGAAUUGCAUAGAAUACUGCCAAGGGUAAGCUAAUUGAACACACUGAAAGUACGAUUCCUGGAUCAGAUGGAAAACCAGAUUCAGUUUUACUUAUAGUCGUACUUGAUUACGUUCCCUGAGGCUUGAGCAUGCACAUGCCAUAUUUGCCUUGAAAAGUCAAUUUAUGACCUAUAGCAGCACAUAUUUAACCUUAUACAGUGUGAUAAGUUUUCUGUAAUAAGUUAAUCGCCCUGCCAUACCAAAAAGGAAAGCCACUUAAAUCAGUUUCAUGAAUGUCAAGAGAUUAUCAUAGUCCUACAUGUUCAUUUCUAAUAUCUGCACAUGUUAAAGAAAUAGUCGCGAAUCCUGACUUUUGGAUUAUGCAUAUCGCUCCAUAAAGCACAGAUGUAUGUGGUUACCCACUGAGUUGUACUUUGAAUAUUAGUCAUGAUGGCAGUUUCUGUAUUAGGGCAUAAUAGAGCAUGAUUCUUAGAUCAAACUCCUCACGCUCACAAAAGUGGUCAUGUUGCAAUAAUUUUUAGAAAUGUGGCUUUUUACAAAAAUAAAAAAUAAGUAUUAGUAUUGAUAUAAAGAAAUUAGUGUUCCACAAGUGGUGUAGUUUGGUAUUGGACACAGUUUAUACGUGUAUUCAUAUGAAUACCAUUUUCUCUUGGUCUUGCAGCAUGUUUCUGUGACUGUCCCCAUUAGAGAUAACGUAGGAUGUUUGGCGGAAUGUUCAAGCCAAAUGGCCACCCUGCUGCCUCCCUUCCACAAUCCCAGGGUGAGAAACAAGGACCAAUAGACUUACUGUUGUCAUUUCAGAGGGCCAGUGGUAGGUGAAAUCGCAAAGGAGUAGACGUAAGCUUUUCAAAAGAAGAACUGGUGCAACAGAGUUUACAGUUAGGAAACAGGCUCCUCUGGAGGUGUCAGAGCUCCCCAUUAUUGGAAUCAAGCAGAGUUUGAAUGGCCCUCUCUUGGAGACCCUAGAUAGAAGAACAGUGAUGAUGAAGCAGAAUUCGAUGUCCCUCAGGCUCCGUGGAUCUAAUCACCCGGCUCAUUUCCUCGCCAAUAGUACACCCCAAACCUUGGAGAUAAGCCUCCCUUCUCCUUUGCUCUUCCCCUCAAAUCUCCCUCCACACCGCUCUGUGGGAAUCACCAAGUCAUUAACUCUUCAUCAUCAUAACUGACCUUUCAUUAAUUCAUGUGGUCAGGCAAAGAAACAACAAGCUAAACCACCUAAGAUAUUUCCUGCCUUGCUUCCGAUACACAUCUACCCUGCUCCUAUUCUUGAUUUUAAUUUUUUAAUGGAUCCAUCACCUUUCAUCUGUAAAUCUCCUCAUCCUAAAUCUUUAAACAUUACCUUUUUAUUGACCAAGAAGGCUGGUUCUUCAGUAGGAAAUCAGAUUUCAACAGUUUGGAUACCAGAGGGAUAUGAAACACUGUCUCCUUCUUAGGAAAUUGUAAGCCUCUCAGUUAGAAAGCAAAGACCAUUGUUUCCUUACAAAAUUCACAGUCAGAAGAAUCACAUGGAUUACUUUGUCUCUAUGGAAAUGGAGUUUGGUGUUGAUGCUUGCGGUCAUGUUAGCUCUCUUCUGGGGACAGGAUCCCCUUCCACUGAGGGUUGGUUGUUUCACGUGCAUGUCACUCUCUCCAUUGCCCUGUCAAAUGGCCUCUCAGGAUUUCUGUAUUAUGAAGACCUUGUCAGCUGUGUGACCAGAGCAGAAGCAGAGGCCGUCAGUGUGCUGGUUAAAGAGGCUGUCUGGGCAUUUCUUCCAGAUGCUUUCGUCACCAUGACAGGAGGGUUCCGAAGGGGUAAGAAGAUGGGACAUGAUGUAGAUUUUUUAAUUACCAGCCCAGGAUCAACAGAGGAUGAAGAACAACUUUUACAGAAAGUGAUGAACUUAUGGGAAAAGAAGGGAUUAGUUUUAUAUUAUGAUCUUGUGGAGUCAACGUUUGAAAAGCUCAGGUUGCCUAGCAGGAAGGUUGAUGCUUUGGAUCAUUUUCAAAAGUGCUUUCUGAUUUUCAAAUUGCCUCGUCAAAGACUGGACAGUGACCAGCCCAGCUGGCAGGAGGGAAAGACCUGGAAGGCCAUCCGUGUGGAUUUAGUCAUGUGCCCCUACGAGCGUCGUGCCUUCGCCCUGUUGGGAUGGACUGGCUCCCGGUUUGAGAGAGACCUCCGGCGCUAUGCCACACAUGAGCGGAAGAUGAUUCUGGAUAACCAUGCUUUAUAUGACAAGACCAAGAGGAUAUUUCUCAAAGCAGAAACUGAGGAAGAAAUUUUCGCGCAUCUGGGAUUGGAUUAUAUUGAACCAUGGGAAAGAAAUGCCUAGGAAAAUGUUAACAUAUUUUUCCUAUUCUUUUUCAAGUUAAAUAAAUAAUGCUUCAUGUUAGUAAAAGAUGCCUUGGGAAAAUUCGGGGUUAUUUAUGUCUUAUCGAAAUGCAGGUUGCCACUAGAAAUAUAUAGCUUUGGAAACAUGGAAAGGUGCCACGUGGUAAUGGGUAAGAUUCUAAUAGGCCAUGUUUAUGACUGUUGCGUAGAAUUCACAAUGCAUUUUUCAAGAGAAACGAUGUUGUCAUUGGUGGGUCCUUCAGAGAAGCUCAUCAAAGCUGGCUUUGUUCACAGUGCAGCUGAAAUACUGUAUAUCUUCAAUAAAAACAGGAGGAAACAAGA